AUGGCACUUGCCUCACCCGAGGUCAAGCCAUUGGAACUACUGCGUUGCGACAGAGACGGUUGCAACAAGUGGUGGAGGAAGUCAGACUUGAAGACACUAGGCAGUGACGACUUCAAGAAGUGCCCACACUGUCGCGAGGCAAAUACUACUCCCACCAAGUACUGGAUCGGCGGUGUGAGCGGACCUCGUGAGCCUGCUUACGACUAUCCAGCUCGGACACCUAAAAUGCAUUCACUACCACCAAAGUUGUCCGCGGAUCGGCCAAGCAGCGCNAAAAGACAACUGUCAGGCGACUCAUCUCUGGAUUCUCCUACACAGAGCAAGAGGCCAAAGAGCCACCAAAAUCAGCAGGUAGGUGUUGGGGAAGGUUUCUUCAGCGCGCGGGCUUGGUUGCUGACCAGUGAUCAGGCGACUCCAAUCAAGACUGUAAACGUCGCCGAAACCGCCAGAAUGGAGCGCAAGGACAGUCUCCAAAGCAUCACAGCAUCUCCCACUACAUCCUCAAAGACAACACCCAGCCGCGAGACGGUACGCUCAAGGAGCGACUAUCUCUUCGCAGCAUGGGAGGCCUGCAAAGGAUGUCCAGACUUCCAUCUGCAGAAGGAGCUGGAAAAGGCAGAAGCAAACCUCGACACGCUGCAAACCAGUAUCCCAAGAAUCGAGCGCAAAGUCCAGGAAUCUCGAAAGCAGCAUGAAGCGGCUGAAGCAGAUUUGAAGAGGAAGGAGGUGUUUCAGGAAGAGCUCGACGCAUCCAUAGCCAAGGCAGGAUUGGACGAGGAUGACCACAAGCCGAUCAAGGACAGAUGGUACAUCAGCUCAAGACAGCAUGUUCAGCUGGCGUUCGAANNGAACAGCCGCCUUUCCAAGGCGUGGCAGGAUGGUGUCAAGGACAGAGCAGAGGCGCUCAAAAUGGAGAAGGACCUAAAGCAGAGGAUCGAGGACAUCAAGAGCGAGAGAAAGCAUCUGAAGUCGUUUGCAGAGAUAAUGUCUCUUCCGCCAUCAAACAAUGGUGCCUGA